AUGCGGAGGGCCUGGGGAAGACUGACCACCCGUGAGCGACCGGGUAGUCGUGCAGAUCCAGCCGGGGAAGCCCCAUCCUCCGUUUCCGUGGCUGACGGUAUCGGUCUCCGCGUUCUCCACGAGGGCACAAACCCGGUAGUAGACAUCGUGUUUCUGCAUGGCUUGACCGGAACCCGCAUCUCCACAUGGACCCACGCCAGGUCCGGUGUCUGCUGGCCCAAGGACUUCCUCGCAGCGGAUAUACCGAAUGCCAGGAUUCUGACAUUCGGUUACGACGCCGAUGUAGUCGGUCUUUGGGACCCGGCUGGCAUGAAUGGGGUCAGUAACCAUGCCAGAGACCUGCUGGGAGCGCUAUCCCACAGGAGAAACCAAGAUGACACGGCCGACCGCAAAAUUAUCUUCGUCUGCCACAGUCUUGGCGGGCUGGUCGUCGAAGAGGCAAUCAACCUGUCCAGGGUGGAUGCCGAAGCACAUAUCCGUCAGAUAGCGGAAUCUACCCUCGCGAUCGCAUUCAUCGGGACUCCUCAUCAUGGCAGUGACCUGGCCUCCUGGGCGAAACUGGCGACAAGACUAGCUGGUGUUGUUCGAAGGGCGAAUGCUGACAUCGUGGACGUACUACAACCUGGCUCCCAAAUGCUCGCCAGGAUCCAGAAUCAGUUUCAUAAUUCGCAGCGAGUCGCUCCGGUUGCCAUUACUUGCUUUUACGAGGAUCUCCCUUAUCAGACUAUAGGCGUGGUCGUGCCCCAUCAGUCGGCCAUACUCCCCGGUUACGCAAACUAUAGUAUCCACGCCAAUCACCAGGAGAUGACGCGAUUUUCGACGAGAGAAGAUAGUGGCUAUACCAAAAUCUUUGGAGAGCUGAAAAGAUGGAUUGACUCUCUGCCCGCCAAUUCAUCUACUCCAGUCUCCCAUGCAGAUUCCGCAGAGGAGAAUGUACUGGGCGUCCAUUCACUCCUCGCCGCCGCUGCCUCUGGCACCCCCGAGCUUGUCGAGCUCCUGCUCCGCACGACGUCGGAUGUCAACGUCACCGAACCAGGCCCGACCAAGCGCAAUGCGCUCCACUUCGCGGCGGCGUUCGACAAGCCGCUCAACAUGGUGCCCCUGCUCCGAGCUGGGGUCGAUGUCCACGCCAUGACAGACCAGGGCCAUACCCCGCUCUUUGUUGCCAUCAUCCUCGGAAACCACGAGGGCGUCCGCGUCCUCCUUGAGCAAGGACACGUCGACCCCAAUGGGAGGAAUGUCCACGGAAUCACCCCUCUCAUGGCGGCGGCUGUCAACGGGCGCGUGGAAGCGGCGCGUAUUCUGUUGGAACACGGUGCGGACCCCUUUGCGACUCAGGAAGAUGGCUGGACGGCGCUGAGCAUUGCCUUUUCCAAGAGCUGUACUGAGCUGGUGGAGGUUUUGACGGUUGCCAUGCGUGAGCGGACGAAUGGUUGA